AUGUCGUUAACCGAGGAUUGGGUUCAAAUGAGGCGACAGUACGAGCGCGUAAUCCACGGCACCGGUAGCUCACGUCCCCGUUGGCAUCAGUGCGUGAAAACCGUGGACACGGCUCUACCGGCACUGGUAUCUCACCUAUACAUCAAACACUAUUUCUCCACUGAUAUCAAGCAAAAGGCAUCGGAACUGAUAGAUAAUGUGAAACUGGAGUUCAAACACACGUUAACCACACGACAGGCCUGGCUGGACAGGCAGACAAUGGACAGGGCGUUGGAUAAUUGGCGACGGGUCAGUUCACUGGCUAUGGCUAACGCUUUCUACAAUACGGUUAAGAAUACUGUUGUCAUUCCUGCGGGCAUUCUUGAGGGGGUUUUCUAUCAUAAGGACAGACCUAACUACUUAAACUACGGGUCGAUCGCCAAGACGGCCGCUCACGAGAUCAUUCACGGCUUCGACAGUCACGGGCGACACUUCGACGCCGACGGGAAUGUCAACUACUGGUGGACGGGCGACACCGACCGCCACUACCGGCACAAAGCCAAGUGCUUUGUGCGCCAAUACGGCGACUAUUAUGUCGACCACUUGGGGCUGGGAGUGAACGGCGCCCGCACUCAGGCCGAGAACAUCGCCGACAACGGAGGCAUCAAAUUGGCGUUCAGUGCCUACGAGAGGUACGUACGGGUGAACGGACCCGAGCCCGGCUUACCGGCGCUGCCCUAUACGCCGGAGCAGCUAUUUUGGGUCAGUUAUGGCACCCAUUACUGCGCUAAACAUAACAAGGAGUCCCUCAAGAAUCUCAUUUUGAACGACUCGCACACACCUAAACAGUAUAGGAUCAACGGUGCCCUAUCCAACUCGCAUGACUUUUCCCGUGUGUUUAACUGCCCGUUAGGAUCGCCUAUGAAUUCCGUACAUAAGUGCUCCGUAUGGUAG